GAAAAUGAUCGUGUCCUUCUGUAAGGGGAGCAUCCUGUUUGUCGUUCUUGUUUGGUUACAUCUUUUAGCAAAAACCGUGCAGGGACGAGAUGCGACAGCAAGUGGUGACGCGGAUAUGCCUAUCGAACGGCGGCUUCUGGUUCAAGAGGAAGUUAGCAUGCCCAUUUUUGAACCACCGAAACAAGCAGGUGCUCCUCAAGAAGAAAAACCACUGCAACAGCAGGACCAAGCGCAGGAGGAGGACCCCGCAGUGCAACAUCAAGAACAAGCGGAACAACAAGCUCUUUCCGAUAAUCAACAACAGACGAGAAAGACAUCAGAAGACGUGGGUGAAUCACAGGCAGGAGGAGGCGUCGAAUCACAGGCAGAAGGUGCCGCUCGAAAUGCACACGCAGAUGCACCUGUUCAUCAGGAACUGCAUGUAGAUAUAGCUGUUGGAGGAACAGGAGAGGCACGUCAGGUCGUUUCUGCUGGACAAGACCAGGAGGCUGGACUGAUUGCCGAAAAAGCGAAGGUGGAGGCAGACGCUGCUGUCAAUAUUAGGGACAAAGUCAAAAUGAUGAGAAGACUAUAAUCUAUUGCGUUUUAUUUGAAGAGCGAUUAAGGGAAGAUUUCUCUCUCCCUACAACUAUGUUGGAGGCUUUUAGUUGUAUUUUAUUUUUGCGGGGGAAAACAACUACUAGUACGCGUAUUACUAGUUGUACUUACAGCUGCGACCAACAUCCUGCUUGGAGUGGUUGUGCUCCUGUUUUCUUCUUCUACCCUCUAAUUCGGUGACCGGCGUGGCAGCACUUGGACAGACUCAGCGGAGUGGUGCAGCAUCUGUAUAUGAGUGGUUCACUACGCUUCUUCAGUAAUAAAAGUCGUAUUUACGUCAGUAAAAAAGAAAGUUGUUCGCUCUACUAGUACUACGAGAUAUUAUUGAUAUUGGACGAGCCUUCUUCAACAUCAUCUUCUAAUCCUGAGUGAGGAAAGUGCGUGAGAUUGACCCGGUGAUUCUUGAUCCGAACGGACGGGACUUCUUAAUGAGCAAAGAGCUCAUGCUCAUAGCGUUCUACGAUUUAGUUAUGGCCUCAGAGUCAAAGGAGAACUUAAGGAAAUGAAGUUGUAGAAUGUAGCUCUAGCUGUAAAUUGAUGAGAUAUUUUUUGUACGAGGGAAGAUGAAAGAAGAAUAACACCGGAAGAAACAAACUGCAUCUAAUUAAAUUAUCACAACUACCGCAUAAAUGGGUCUACACUACGACUACUACUACUACUACCCCGCCGGAGGUCUUGGCCUACAAAAAAGACAGGACCCUCAGCCUUGAACCUAGUCGUGGUCGAUUGCCUAUUCUUAAUUCUUAAUACAUCAGCUAGUACAUCAGGGGGUAGGAGUAGGAGAUAGCCUAUUCUUCAUCUUCCUUGCUGGAAGAUAAAGGAGAUGUCACAGUCACGAGGACUUCCUUUCCUCCUAGCCAAGAACAGAUGAAACAAGAAACCCUAGACAACUAGACCCUAAUAAAGCCACUUCAUUUCUAAUUUGCUUCUUCUUCUUGAGACGCCGAGACCGUCUUCUAGUUGUUCAUUUCACCGAUUAGACUUGAACCUAAAGCAAAUUUAUUGGCCGUUAAAAGGAGGUAGUUGACUGUCAACAUCAUUGUCAGACAUCAUGGUUUUACUCAAGAAGUUGAUUAACUACUAUCUACUUUCAUAUAUCCCAAUUGUGGUGCUGGGACUGACUGUGCUGAUUUUUUUGACCGAUAUGAACAAAUUGCGACACGGUUGCCUGGCAUACCUACGAUGAAAAUCGACCUCUCGCCUGCGGCUACGAGAACUAUAGUACUAUGAUCUAUUCCUAUCUAGAGCUCCUAUCGUCAGGAAAUCUUAGGCAGAUUGCCGAGGAGAUUCGCAUCGUCAGAGCUCUAGCGUGGUCUACUAUAAAUGAUUGCAAUUGCAGUUCUUGUUACGAGAAAAUUGGUAUGAAAUUGUGAAUAGCUGCCCGUGGUACUGGUACUGCUGAUGAAUUAGUAUAAUAAGAGAAUAUAUUAUUUUUAAUGAGGAUUAUACUUUUCAGGUAGAAAAUAAUGCGUUUGGAGUUGUUAGUGGUCAGCCUGCAGGGGGUGUCUCGGUGGCUAAGAACCCAGAUGGUACCUUUACCGCUGGAGAAUGGCAGUUGCGAGUGCUAUUUCGAGAAGAUGGAGCGUCUCAAUUAAUUUAUGCCUACGUUUCUAUCUUAGGCAGAUUACCGAAUAGAUUCGCAUCAUCGCCUUCCUCUUCUACAGUAAUUUUAGAAUAGCAUCCUAUAUCAAAAUCAAUAUAAUAUCCUGCUAAUUAAAUUCUUCAAUACCCCACGAAUGGGAAAUGGUACACUAAAACUACUACUAUCCUAAGUACAACACUAGAUACAUCAGCGUUUGUAAUUGGGCAGGUAGGUAUGAUAAAAACUACACGGCUACUUGUUUCUUGUCGGAAGGUCAUCCACGCAUGCAUCAAGGACAUCUUCUGCGGAGCUGCACCAGCUAUACUUUGAUGAUAUUGAUUGUGGGCGAGCCAAUUGCUCUCCUAUCCAAAUCAAAAAAUCAUCAAGCGUCAAAAUGAGGAAACAACAUGUGUCGCUAGAAGUAAAAGAUGGGCGCUUCGUUCCGCCACUCCAACAUUGCAUAUGCAAUGUACCGCUUUUAUUAGACGAUUAGGUCCACUACCACUGACAUUGUCUUAUUUUUGUAUUCCUGCUGCCAACUACAAGACGAAAAGAGUUCAUCUUCUAACUCGAUUAUGGCUAAUAUGUACUUCUACCGCUGAACAAGUAUGAUCCCCAUGCAACGCCAUCCUUGCCUCCUUUUUCAACAGGAAAAAGGACUCAGGGACGGGCUCAAGGAUGCGACGUGGCAGCUCUAACUCAUGGCGAAAAAAGUGCUUACGGAAGACGCUACUGGAACAAGCAAAGAAACGCUCGCGUUGUCCCGCGAUGUACGCGCCGCAGUGAAUACUCUAAAAUCUGGCUAUUACAAUUAGGGGUGUGGCGGGAUAUCUACCAUCUGACUCGUCCAAAGCGACUUAUCUGCAAAGCGACUCAAAUGUUGUAGUGCAUAAUCUUAAUCUUCAUGAAUAUUUUCUUGAACUACUUCCAAGAAUCUUCAGUAAAGGGUCGACGUGACGACACGAUUCAUAUUUCUGGUAAAAAGUAAAAAAAAAAGACCUGCUACAAAUAUACCUCUACGUCCACGUGGGCAAGAAAGUGAU